AUGUUGAUCGAGGAGCAAAGAUUUAUCCAUGAGGACCUGGAGAGGUUGGAGCAGGCCAUCGCGGAUCGCGUGGUUGAUGAACCGCGAAACAUUCGCGAGCGGUUGGCGCGCAACCACGAAAUCUCCCACUUCUUGAAUCGUAUCGAAGAACAAUCGAAGCGACUCCUGGGAAUCUACAAGGAUGCGGAUGGCGCACGCCAGAGCGAGCUCCAAGCGAUCUCGACCGGCGACCAGUUCGAGCAGUUCUACAAAGAGCUGGACGAGAUCAAGGACUUCCACAAACGGUACCCCAACGAGCCGGCGGAGAACCUUGAGCAAGCCUAUAAGCGCCGCCAGCCUGGAGAAGGCGCCCCCUUCGGCAUGGACGUGGACACCAUGUUCACUGGCGAGGAAGGCUUUGGACAGUUCCUGGAUCUGACGACGCUGCACGAAGACUAUCUAAACCUACCCGGUGUCAAACGUCUCACAUAUACCCAAUACCUCGAUGUCUUCGAUGCCUUCACGCCUCCGCAGAUGACGAUUAAGCGCGCGAACAAGAUCUCCGACAAGUAUUUUAAAUACGUCGGAGACCUCGCGGGCUACUUGGAGGAAUUUAUCAAGAAAGUCCGGCCGUUGCAGGACCUCGACAAGCUCUUUGCUAGCUUCAAUGACGAGUUCGAUAGACAGUGGGAGGCGAAUGAGGUUCCUGGUUGGACGGAGGAGAAGGCUGACAAUGGCGCCCAAGGGCCCAAGACCGAAGGUACGGGUGAAGGUAUCUGGUGCGCCGACUGCGAGAAAGAGUUCAAGAACGAAAAUGUGUACAAGAACCACUUGACGGGAAAGAAGCACAUUCGCGCGGCCGAAGCCCGCAAAGCGUCCGGCGAGUCCGGCGACAAGCCUGCAUCAUCUACAGGGAACACGCCCUCUCUUACCCGUCUGAAGGAGCGUGCCGUCGCGGAACGUGAGCACCGUGUUCGCUCUCUGGCUCAGGUUCUUGAUCAUGAACGUCAAGCUACGCGGGUCAAUGUUGAGCGUAAGCAGGGUAUGACUGAGCGUGAGCGUCAAAUGGAGUUGGAGGCGUUACUGGCCGAGUCCGAGAACCCCGGAGCCGAUGGACGUGGUGGUGACCAGUCUGAUGACGAGGGCGAUGAUAAGAUCUACAACCCCCUGAAACUGCCGCUUGCUUGGGACGGGAAGCCUAUCCCGUACUGGCUGUAUAAGCUGCAUGGCCUGGGAGUGGAAUACCCAUGCGAGAUUUGCGGUAACUUCGUGUACAUGGGUCGCCGCGCCUUUGACAAGCACUUCUCUGAGGCCUUGCACAUCUUCGGUCUGAAGUGUCUGGGAAUCACAUCGAACACCAACCUCUUCCGCGAGAUCACUCGGAUCGAAGACGCUAUCCGGCUGUGGGAGAAGCUUGAGCAGGAACGGAAGAGGGAAAGGGAAAGCCGCGACAACGUGGUGCAGAUGGAGGAUGCCGAGGGAAAUGUUAUGCCAGAGAGGAUCUACCUGGAUCUCCAAAAGCAGGGCAUUCUUUAA